CCGGGUAAACUCCGCAUCUACAAUUCAAAGGCCAAACUUUUUCUUUUAUUCGAAUUCCAAUUCUCCCUACAGACAGUCAUAGACUUUUGAACUCGCCAAACCUCUUGACCCUCCCGUUCACUUGUUUGUCUUUCUUCUUUUUACUCAUAGAACAAGUCCGUUCGCUGUCCAGGCGACAACCACCACCGUCACCAUGCCUCAAAAUGAGUACAUGGAAAGGUUUCAAAAACUGCACGGCAAACGUCUCGACCACGACGAACGAGUCCGCAAGAGACAAGCGAGAGAAGGGCACGCACAAUCGGAAAAGGCACAGAAUCUCCGUGGGCUGAGGGCCAAACUGCACCAGAAACAACGCCAUGCCGAAAAGAUCCAGAUGAAGAAGGCCAUCAAGGCCCAGGAAGAAAAGGACGUCAAAUCCGCCACUCCCAGCGAACCUUCCUCUACCCCGUUGCCCAAUUACCUGCUCGACAGAUCCCAAGCCAACAAUGCCAAAGCCCUGUCGAGUGCGAUCAAGAAUAAAAGAAAUGAAAAGGCCGCGAAAUUUUCAGUUCCCUUGCCCAAAGUGAAAGGUAUCAGCGAGGAAGAAAUGUUUAAAGUCGUCAAGACGGGAAAAAAGACUGCCAAAAAGAGUUGGAAGAGAAUGAUCACACAACCUACGUUCGUGGGACCGGAUUUCACACGGAGACCCGUCAAGUACGAGCGAUUUAUCAGGCCCAUGGGUUUGAGGUACAAAAAAGCAAACGUCACGCACCCGGAACUGGGAGUGACGGUGCAGUUGCCCAUCAUAUCCGUCAAGAAAAAUCCUCAGAACCCGUUAUACACUCAGUUGGGUGUCUUGACGAAAGGAACUGUCAUUGAAGUCAAUGUAUCCGAAUUGGGUCUCGUCACUACAGGUGGAAAGGUUGUUUGGGGCAAAUACGCUCAAGUCACAAACGACCCAAGUAGAGAUGGAUGUCUGAACGCAGUACUAUUGGUUUGAAGUGGGACACACCGACGAACACACCCAUACAGCACUUUGCUUUCACAAUAUCCAAACUCGUCAAGAGAUAUCCAACAAUCAUCACUAUUCACGAAUUUCUUUUGUGGGCGACGGACGAAAAAGCAUACUUGCAUACUUGCAUACGUGAACAACUACAACUCUUCUGCAAAGAUGGCAUGGUCACUAUACCCCAUCGCCUUGACUGCAAUCUUUGCACUCUGCAAAACUCUGUCUUUUAAACUCAAUGUCUGGCCAGGUUUUUCGACUGUUUGGUGAUCGCAUUAUCAAGCACCCAUCAGCAUGAAUUUUUUUAGAGAAGGGAGAAGAGAGAGACAGAAGGACGAUGCGGAUAAACAAACUCACAAACAUUGGUCAUCUUGGCGAAAACACCAUACGUCGCCUUGAACUCGAACGGCUUGAGAGCUUUCCAAAUCUGCAUCACCGUGUCUGGUGGCAAUGGGAUGAAAUUCGGGAUACUCCACAAGAAUUGAUAGGAUAUCGUGUCAUUUCUCUUGCCGGGGUCCGGAUUAUGUCCCGAAGCCACGGCGAAAAUUGUGUCCGCGACAAACAAUGUCGGGAUGGGAGUGUUUGGUGGCGCAGAAUGCAAGACCAUACUCCCUGGAAAAUGACCCCCGCAUAUCACCGCCGUGAGACCUGGGAGGAGUUCCGUCGCGGGCUCUUUGAGGAAUUUGAGUGUUGCGGUCGGACAAUCUUUGCGGUUCAUCCAGACCGAGUCAACUUCGGGAAUAUACACUGGACAUUGAAAAGUAGUGGACCAAUCUGCCCAUGUUCUGGAACAACAACAAUAUCCAUGUCAGAUGUACUGGCGAAAUUAUGAUGACUCGAACAGGGAUAAGACGACAGGAACAAUGGAAUGCCAGAGUGUCGAUGAUGGUGCAGGUACUGAUACUGGUUGGUACUGGGAAAGUGGUACCUACGUAUAAAAAUGUGGAUGAGAAAUGACUAUGAAUUUUAAUCCUCCUAA